UCCUUCAUCUCUCAUCAACGCUUCUCAACUCACGCCCGACGUAUUCAUCUACCGCUUUUUAGCACCACUUUCAACGCACCUUUUCAACCACCCCAACCAAAUCAAUCAAAAUGACUGGAGGCAAGUCUGGCGGCAAGGCCACUGGCACCAAGAGCUCCGCUCAGAGCCGUUCUUCCAAGGCCGGUCUCGCUUUCCCCGUCGGUCGUGUCCACCGUCUCCUCCGCAAGGGCAACUACGCCCAGCGUGUCGGUGCUGGUGCCCCCGUCUACCUCGCCGCCGUUCUCGAGUACCUGGCUGCUGAGAUCCUCGAGUUGGCUGGUAACGCCGCUCGUGACAACAAGAAGACCCGUAUCAUUCCCCGUCACUUGCAGCUCGCCAUCCGCAACGACGAGGAGUUGAACAAGCUUCUCGGACACGUCACCAUUGCCCAGGGUGGUGUUCUCCCCAACAUCCACCAGAACCUUCUCCCCAAGAAGACCGCUGCCCCCAAGGCUACCGGUGGUCCCAGCCAGGAGCUGUAAGCAAAUCGCUUCUGCUUCUUUGCUUUUGGG